UGUAACCUUCAAUCUUCGUCCAUUCCAUGUUCUCUGUCUUCUUCUGGCUAUUCACUCUCACUCUCUCAACUUUCAAUUAACAUGGGAUUCUCUCCUCUUUGAGCUUCUUCAUUCUCAAUUGUUUAACCCUUUUCUGUUGUGAGAAAGAUUUUCUGUUCCACUCUUCCAAUGGCUUCAUGUAGUUUAGGGACUCCUCAUAUUAAAGUAUUGAACUUGCACUUUAGUGCAAAAAGAGUUGGCCUUUCACAACAGUUUGGUACAAGAAGUUGGAUCAGUAGGCAGUCACUGCAGUACACUAGUUUGGCUAUAUCACAACAGACAGACAGGUUUUUAGCAUCAUCCAAUGAUCCAUCAUCAGAGAUCCAAUCAGUUGUUACAAGGUUAGAAGAAGGUUCUGAAGAGAUUAAAUCUUCUGGUGUGACAAGUGAGCUUAUUCCAAAGUUCGAUGAGGUGGAGUUCCUGCUCACAAAAUUAUGCGACUCAAAUUCAAUUGGAGAGUUAGAGUUAAAACUUGCUGGGUUUCAUCUGCAUGUGGUGAGGGAUUUGAGUGAAAAAGUUAAAACUCUACCUCCUCCAAUUCCUUCCUCUGUAAGCAUAAAUAAUGUCACAGAAACACCUAAAUCAAAUGGAUCAGUUCCUACAACUUCGUUGGCCAUCUCAGAGCCAUUACCUUCUUCAGGGUCUAUCCAGAGAUUCCUGGACAAAGCUGCUGACGAAGGCUUGGUGAUUAUUCAGUCUCCAAAGGUUGGUUUCUUUAGGAGAUCACGAACCAUAAAGGGGAAGCGUGCUCCACCAUCAUGUAAAGAGAAGCAAAACGUUGAGGAGGGUCAAGUGAUCUGUUAUAUUGAACAGCUUGGUGGUGAGCUGCCAAUUGAGUCUGAUGUGUCGGGUGAGAUCAUCAAGAUAUUACGAAAGGAUGGUGGUUAGUUACCUAAAUCAAUUCAAUCUCUCUUUAAACUCUCUCUAAAGACUACAUGUCACUAACUAGACAAAUACUAUAUGUUUUGUGUCUUCGACAGAUCCUGUUGGAUAUGGUGACGCACUUGUUGCAGUAUUGCCAUCAUUUCCUGGAAUAAAGAAGCUUCAAUAGCCAUGCUGUAUUCACUGAUACAUUCAUUACUUUUUGGAGCAACUUCUAUUGUUUUGUGACACAGCUUGUUUGUUUUUACAAUUCUCAUAUAUGAAUUUUAAGUUUAUUAGUCUAUUUAGAGAAGUUUUAUAUUUUACUUUUUGGUAUUUGGUUUUAUAAUUUAUUU